AUGGAUAUUAAGUGCAAGUGUAUCAACAUGUAUGCAUGGUGUAUUGCUAGUAUAAAUGACGACGACGACGAUGAUGAUGAUGAUGAUGAUGAUGAUGAUGAUGAUGAUGAUGAUGAUGAUGAUGAUGAUGAUGAUGAUGAUGAUGAUGAUGACGACGAUGAUGAUGAUGAUGAUGACGAUGAUAAUAAUUAUGAAUUCGUCUUACUUUCUUGA